GUAUAAAUGUUUUUAUAUCUAUCUAUCUCUAGAAUCUUCGAGGGAUCGUUGAAAUAUCAAAAACCAAAAAACCAAAUACAAAUCGCAUUUGCCACUCCAAAUUCCAAGCUCUCAAAUUCUUUUCCUCCACCCAGAUUUGAUCGUGAAAGUCAAAGCCCUAGGUGUGUUUGCUAAAUUUGUGAGUAAUGGACGAAGUUCACGAGGAGCAAAGUCAACCGCUCGAUCAAGAGGAAGACAAUGAAAUACGUACUGAAAGUGCUGCAUUUGUGCAAGGGGAACCUCCGCAAGAUGGUAAUGGGCCCCCAAAAGUGGACUCUGAGGUGGAAGUUCUUCAUGAGAAAGUCACAAAGCAAAUCAUUAAGGAAGGUCAUGGUCAGAAACCAUCCAAAUAUGCAACAUGCUUUUUGCACUACAGGGCUUGGACGGAAAGCACCCUGCACAAGUUUGAAGACACAUGGAAUGAACAAAAACCAGUUGAGUUGGUAUUAGGAAAAGAGAAGAAAGAAAUGACUGGCUUGGCUAUUGGUUUGUCCAGCAUGAAAUCCGGUGAACGUGCUCUGUUACAUGUGGGCUGGGAAUUGGGUUAUGGGAAAGAAGGAAGCUUUUCUUUCCCAAAUGUUCCACCCAUGGCAGACAUCAUUUAUGAAGCUGAGCUAAUUGGGUUUGAUGAGACCAAAGAGGGGAAAGCUCGUGGUGACAUGACUGUGGAGGAAAGAAUUGGUGCAGCAGAUCGAAGAAAGAUGGAUGGAAAUUCUUUAUUCAAGGAGGAAAAACUGGAGGAGGCUAUGCAACAGUAUGAAAUGGCCAUCGCAUAUAUGGGUGACGACUUCAUGUUCCAGUUGUUUGGGAAGUACCGGGACAUGGCAUUAGCUGUUAAGAAUCCAUGCCACCUUAACAUGGCAGCAUGUAUGAUAAAGCUCAAGCGCUAUGAGGAAGCAAUUAUGCAGUGCAACGUCGUGUUGGCGGAGGAAGAAAACAAUGCGAAAGCACUGUUCAGGCGAGGUAAGGCUAGAGCAGAACUUGGGCAAACAGAUGCUGCUCGGGAGGACUAUCUAAAAGUGCGUAAAUUUGCACCUGAAGACAAAGCAGUUGCGAGGGAGUUACGUUUGCUUGCUGAACAUGACAAGGCUCUUUAUCAGAAGCAAAAGGAGAUUUAUAAAGGAAUCUUUGGACCAAGACCCGAACCAAAACCAAAGCGAACUAAUUGGUUGGUUCUCUUUUGGCAGUGGCUGUUGUCACUAUUCUAUCGUCUCUUCAAACGUGAAAGGUACAAAGCAGACUAAUCAGAGGCUUCAAUAAGCAGACGAGCGAGAGAUUUUGUGUACUAAGUAUGAGUUCUGGUGUUGAAUGUUUACCUGCCAAUGGAUUCAGUCGGUGACAUCCAGUUCUUUCCUCUUGUGUAUGCUAUAAUGAGCCUAAAUAUGUUUACUAAUGAACUUUUCAUGGUGUAGUGGGACCCUGAACCAAUAUGUUAAAUUGAUUUAUAAUCCAACAGGACUUUCUCUUUUACAUAGGAUGUAACAAGUUUACCUUGUAUUGUGGGCUGGUUCAUUAGGAUUGGUGUUUUAAUAUGAUAAAUAUUUCAUUGAUGACUACUACUUUUGAAGGACUUCAAUUUUGUGUAUCGCUGAUGAAUUGAACUUUUUCAUUCCUCUCUUAGUGUUUUA